AACAUUUCAUGUUUGUUUCAGGCAACAAGACAAAGGAGGGAAUGGUGUCAGGCGUAAACACAGUUGCCCAGAGGACCACCGACCAGGCGAAUAUUGUCGGUGAAACAGCGGUAGGCAGCACUAAUGAAGUUGGACAGAAGACAGUAGAGGGACUGGAGAAUGUGGCUGCAACAACCGGCCUAGUCAACCCGGAUGAGGCUUUAUAUGAGGGUGACUUCUCUCAUGGGGGCGGCAUGGAAGGAGGAGACGGUGGAGAGGGUUAUUAGUCCAGAGGCCUGAAGCUGAAACAGUCCCCUCUCUUCCCUCUGACUCUCCACCUCUGAGUUUCUGCUCCAAAGCCUCACCCCUUCCAGACCCCAGAUGUUACUGAUAUUUUUUGUGACUGUAUGGAAAACCAAGUUGAAAAAGACUUUCCCUGAGCCCUGUAGCCGUUAGAUGUGUGACGCUUCCCCACCUCUCCAUCUGUGGUGUCGUCAUGCUGUUCUUUAGUGUUAUUGUCAUACCUUAACCUGUCCACACCUCAUCUAAAACACACACAAACACUCAUACAUGGACAGGAACCGUGAAGCCCAGAGGCUGAUAUCAGAGAUUGGAGUGGUCUUUUAGGAGCAUGACUGAAAGAAAAA